AUGAUGAUUGGAAUUCGAAUGAGUGUAAAAUCGGCAGCAUCAAACAUUUCUGACAAUGUUUUAUAUAAUAGGGAUUUUAAAGUGAAAUAUUUUUUUGAAUUGUUACCUAAAAAAAUAGGGCAGGAUAAAUAACAAAUUUACAAAGUUUGUAAAUUCUAAGACUAUGCUCCAAAUGUAUUUUAGAAAAUUAGAGCAUUAUAUAAUAUUACAGAUGAUGAAUAUUUAAAAAGUAUUGGACCUGACUAAUUGUUUUCUAGUCUUGUAAAAGGAGAUUUCAAUAGUUUUACUUAAUUAACUAGUACAGGAAAAAGCGGUUCAUUCUUUUAUUAUACAGCAGAUGGUAAAUUUACUUUAAAGACUAUUAAUAGAACUGAAUUUAACCAUUUAAAGUAAAUAUUGAAAAAUUACUAUGAACAUUUAUAGAAUAAUAAAAAUACACUUAUUAUUAAAUUUUUUGGGUUACAUAAAAUUAAACUUAGAAUGAAAAAAAGUAUGAAUGAAUAAAUUGUUUGUUUUGUUAUUAUGGGAAACGUAUUUCAUACUAGAAAAUAUAUUAAUGAAAAAUUUGAUUUAAAAGGUUCUAAAUAUGGAAGAAUUACAAAAUAAAGUUUAUUAAAAAGUAAAGGAAUUACAUUUAAAGAUUUAGAUUUUAUAAAUAAAAGUCGAAAACUUAAUGUAAAAAAUAAUCAAUAUGUAGAAUUUAUGAAUAUAAUAAAAAAAGAUGCUUAAUUUUUCGAGGAAAAUAAUAUUAUUGAUUAUAGUUUACUAGUAGGAAUUCAUCAUAAAGUA